AUGAGCUCCUCUCGCCAGGUCUACUUGCUUCCAUUGAAGGAUGAUGGAGCCCCAGAUGUGCCCGGUGGGUUCAUCUACCUGGCCCCUCCACCAAAGGAGGGAUACGUUCUCCGUUUCAUCAUCGAGGGAACGAGCUCCAUCUGUCGGCAGGGUAGCCUGUGGGUGAACAUCCCCGAAGAGGGCAAGCCAUUUGAGCGUCACUCGUUCCGGGAGUUCAAAUUGCAACCCAAUUUCAAUGAGAACAUCCAGAUUGAUAUCACUGUGAAGUUUGCUGGAUCGUUCGCUUUCUAUACGACGUUUUCCCCACUGCCAGAGUUCUCCGUCGAGGAUGUGCCCACUCCUGAGCCUACCCAGACGCCCGUUCACUAUAUUGACGUGUCUCCGAGACUCACAGUCCAAGGAAAGGAACUGCCGCUCAAUGCCUUGUCCAUCUUCUCGGUCAUCUCCAAGUUUAUGGGCGAGUACCCCACAGACUGGGACCGACACCUUCGGGGCAUCGGUCAGCGAAACUACAACAUGGUUCAUUUCACCCCAUUGAUGCAGCGCGGCGCGUCAAACUCUCCAUACAGUAUUUACGACCAAUUGGCGUUUGACAGCGCUUACUUCCCCAAUGGGGAAGAAGAUGUCUCUGCCCUGGUUGCGAAGAUGGAGAAGGAGUAUGGCCUUCUCACUUUGACUGAUGUGGUCUGGAACCACACAGCUAAUAAUAGCAAGUGGCUGGAAGAGCACCCCGAAUCUGGUUACAGUGUAGAGACUGCCCCCUGGUUGGAGGCAGCUCUUGAGCUAGAUACUGCUCUAUUGGAAUUCGGCGAGAAACUUCAGGACCUAGGUCUCCCGACAGAAUUCAAGACCGAGGGAGAAUUGGUCACAGUUAUGAACGCGGCGCGCAAGCAAGUCAUUGAUGGAAUUCGUCUUUGGGAGUUCUAUGUUCUUGAUGUCAAGAGCGACGUCAAGGCGAUCGUGGAUACGUGGAUCAAAGCCGACAUUGACCACAAGCUCGUUGAACACCAGGACAUGCAGCUGUUCAAGGGCUGGUCCCUUAACCAGCAGGCUAAUGUUCUCCGGGAGCUUGGCAUUCCAUCGGUUAAGCAGGUUCUGGGAAGAUUCGGUCGUACCGUGGAUCCUCGAUUCGGUGCUGUUGCUCUUAAUGUGCUCUUUGGUGACUACGACGAGGCAAACACCAACCUCGCCGAGGUGGAAGAGGCCGUGACCAAUCUGCUCAACGAAGCAAACUUACCCUUCUACAAGGAGUACGAUGCCGAUGUUGAUGCGAUCAUGGACCAGCUCUUCAACCGCAUCAAGUAUCUGAGAAUCGAGGACCACGGCCCUAAGAUGGGCCCUGUCACGAAGGAGAACCCUCUGAUUGAGACUUACUUCACCCGACUCCCUCUUAACGAGACCACCAAAAAACAUGACGCUAAAGCCCUGGCUUUGGCCAACAACGGCUGGAUCUGGAAUGCCGAUGCUAUGCGUGACAACGCCGGGCCCGAUUCCAAGGCCUACCUUCGCCGCGAAGUCAUCGUUUGGGGUGACUGUGUUAAGCUUCGCUACGGAUCUGGCCCGGAGGAUAGUCCUUUCCUGUGGGACUUUAUGACCCGCUACACUCGCCUGAUGGCCAAGUAUUUCGUUGGAUUCCGAAUCGACAACUGCCACUCCACUCCAUUGGUUGUUGCAGAAUACCUGCUUGACGAAGCUCGCAAGGUCAGACCUGACCUGACCGUGUUUGCAGAGCUCUUCACCGGCUCCGAAGAGGCCGAUUACGUCUUUGUCAAGCGCUUGGGAAUUAAUGCCCUCAUCCGUGAAGCCAUGCAAGCUUGGAGUACCGAAGAGCUCAGCCGUCUUGUCCACCGUCAUGGAGGUCAACCAAUCGGUAGCUUUGAGAUGGACCUUCCUUCUGCUGGAAGUAGCCACGCCAUCGCCUCCGCCAGGUCUGGCAAAAGUGAUGAGAAGAUCACUCACAUCCGGCCAUGCCCCGUACCCGCUCUGUUCAUGGAUUGCACCCAUGACAAUGAAGUACCGGCCCAGAAGCGCGAUGCUAGAGACACCCUUCCAAAUGCUGCCCUUGUGGCCAUGUGUGCAUCUGCCACGGGUAGUGUGAUGGGCUACGAUGAGAUUUACCCAAAGCUUAUUGACCUUGUGCACGAGACGCGCCAAUAUGAUUCUGCAUCCUCGGAUUCUGAUAGCCUAGCUAUUGGCUCUGGUGAAGGUGGAAUUGGUGGUGUUAAGAAGCUUUUGAACGAGCUCCACACUAUGAUGGGUGUUGAAGGAUACGAUGAAACUCACAUCCAUCAUGAUGGUGAGUAUAUCACCGUGCACAGAGUGCACCCAAAGACUAGGAAGGGUAUCUUCUUGGUUGCGCACACCGCGUUCCCUGGCAACGAGAGUGGUGCCAUUCUGGACGCCACUCAUAUUGCUGGCACCAGUGCCAAGCACAUUGGGUCAUGGCAGCUACAGGUCGAAGCUGGCGAUGAUGAAAAGACGAAAGCAUUGGCCGAUGAGAAGUACUUGAAGGGUCUUCCCAGUCACACUCGCGACAUUGAAAGCACCAAGAUUGAGCAAAACGACCAAGAAGUCAUCAUCUCUGUUCUGGACACUUUGGUUCCUGGAUCCAUUGCACUCUUUGAGACCUGGAUUCCCGGUGCUGACCAUGCGGAUGGCUUUGAAAACAACCUGGCCAAUGGUGCUGACGAGGCAUUCUCUGACCUCAGCUUGGUGGAUCUCAACUUUGUUCUUUACCGCUGCGAGGCCGAGGAGAAGGACUCCAGCGAUGGUCAGGAUGGCAUCUACCAAAUUCCCAAGCUUGGACCGAUGGUCUAUGCUGGUCUCCAGGGCUGGUGGAGUGUCCUCGAGGACAUUAUCAAAUACAACCAGCUUGGCCAUCCCUUGUGUGAUCAUUUGCGAGAGGGCCAAUGGGCCCUGGACUACAUCAUCGGACGCCUGGAGAAGGCAGCCGCAAAAGAAGGCUAUGUCGCCCUUAAGAAGCCCGCGUCGUGGCUGCGUGAGAAGUUUGAGGCUGUCCGCAGCUUGCCCAACUUCCUUUUCCCGAGAUACUUUGCAAUUAUCGUGCAAGUUGCGUACAACGCCGCAUGGAAGAGAGGUAUUCAUCUUCUGGGAGACAAUGUGCGACACGGCCAGGAGUUCAUUCACCAGCUGGCUAUGGUGAGUGUUCAACAGACUGGCUACGUCAAGUCCGCCUCUCUGUGGCCUACCAAGAUGGUCCCCAGUCUCGCGGCAGGCCUUCCUCACUUCGCCGUUGAUUGGACAAGAUGCUGGGGCCGAGACAUCUUCAUCUCUAUCCGUGGUCUUUUCCUUUGCACUCAACGCUUUGAUGAUGCCAAGGAGCACAUUAUUGCUUUUGCCAGUGUCUUGAAGCAUGGCAUGAUUCCAAACCUGCUAAGCAGCGGUAAACUCCCGAGAUAUAAUUCUCGCGACUCUGUUUGGUUCUUCUUGCAGUCCAUUCAAGACUUCGUUGAAAUGGCGCCCAAUGGUAUCGAGAUCUUGCAAGAGAAGGUCCCAAGACGAUUCUUGCCUUACGAUGACACUUGGUUCCCCUUCGAUGAUCCUCGCGCGUACUCUGAGUCGCCCACUCUGCUUGAGUGUGUUCAGGAAGUCUUCCAAAGACACGCUUCUGGUCUGUCUUUCCGUGAAUACAAUGCUGGUCCAGACCUUGAUUGCCAGAUGAAAUCCGAAGGCUUCCAGAUCGAUGUCAAGGUUGACUGGGAGACCGGUCUCAUUUUCGGUGGUAACCAGGAUAACUGCGGCACCUGGCAAGACAAGAUGGGAGAGAGUCCCAAGGCCGGAAACAAGGGUGUUCCUGGCACACCGCGCGAUGGCUCUGCCAUCGAAAUUACCGGUCUGUCCUACAGCGCUCUGGCUUGGGUUGCCCGCCUUCACGAAUCGAAGGCAUACCCUUACGAAGGUGUCGACAUUGGCGACGGAAAGAAGAUCAGCUUUGCCGAAUGGGCUCGCAAGAUUAAAGACAACUUCGAGCGAUGCUACUUCGUUCCCCUUGACCCCAAGGAAGACAGCCAGUACGAGGUGGAUGCCAAGAUUGUCAACCGCCGCGGUAUCUACAAGGACUUGUACAAGUCCGGAAAGCCCUACGAGGACUACCAGCUCCGCUCCAACUUCCCCAUCGCAAUGACUGUCGCCCCAGAGCUGUUCACGCCCGCCAAGGCCCUUGUUGCCCUCUCGAUCGCCGACUCCGCCAUCGUGGGUCCCGUCGGUAUGUCAACACUCGACCCAUCCGAUCUCAACUACCGACCCAACUACAUCAACUCCGACGACUCGAAUGACUUUGCCACUGCCAAGGGUCGCAACUACCACCAGGGUCCGGAAUGGGUCUGGCAACGUGGCUACUACCUGCGUGCUCUGCUGCAUUUCGAUCUCCUUCGCCGAAAGACGUCGGAGGAGCGAACAGAAUGCUUCCAGCAGGUCACUCGGCGUCUUGAUGGCUGCAAGAAGGCAUUGCGGGAAAGCCCCUGGAAGGGGUUGACUGAACUGUCCAACAAGGCUGGCGCGCAUUGCAAUGACUCGUCGCCUACCCAAUCCUGGUCUGCAGCUUGUCUUCUCGACGUUUACUAUGACGCAUCUCACCAUUCGUAA